AUGCUCUUUUCUUCUUCCGAUGAAUACAAUUAAGCACUUCCCUCUCUCUCUCCUGCCCCCUAUAUAAGGGUAACAGCUGAUUUCGUGCACCAGAAGGAGCCGCAGCUCUGCACGCUCGAGGGGAGAGAGAGAGAGAAAGAGAGGAAGAGAGGAGAGAGAGAGUUCGUGACGGAGGGAUGAGCUGAUCUGGUCUUACAACUGUAUUUUUUUCUUUUUUUUUUGAGCAAAUAUUUUUAAGCGCCUGUGAUGACAUUUUGCCUCGGUUUAGUCUCCCUCUCGAGACCAGCGUUCAGCGUCAGGCGACCGCAACAACUCGUCACCGUCCCGCUGCUUCGGGAGGCGCCGGCACUUCUGUCGGGUUUGCGCUCGACCAACAGAAGAGGAAACAGACACGUCGAGUUGACUCGCCUCCGGGGGUAAAGCCCACACGUGUCCAGGUCCUGACCGGGCUGAAACUUUUAUCCCCUCUUGUGGAGAGAGGAGAGAGGAGCGAGGAGAGAGGAAAGAGGAGCGAGGAGAGAGGAGAGGGAGCUGUCCGGUGCUGAAGACAAACGCGUUGGGAAGAAGGAACGGGAUGAAAGUACCAAGAGAAGAGCGACGCUUUGUCUCCUUAAGAAACUGUCAAUCCAAGAAGUGAUCUAUCAUUUUUUGACCUUUCAGAGCACUGCAGGUCUUUCAGUUGCGAGUUGUGAGAGCGAAACCGAAUCAAAUCAGUCUCUAUUUUAAUCCCAAAUCACGAGGAACUGAUCUUUAAAAGCCAUGUCUCCUCUCGACUUUCAAGGCUAUUUAGAGGUUUCAAUAGCAGCUGAACCCAGAGACUAACCUGACUAUAAGUCAAUUCAGGCUUUUAAGAGUUUCAGAUAUAGAUCUUUUUGCUGGCCCGAAGUGGGUUGGAAAGCGAAAGAGAAGAGUUUGUUUAUUGAAUAAGUAUCGGGCAUCUGCAGUGCCACCAUGCCUCGCUCUUUCUUGGUGAAGAAAGUCAAAUUGGACGAUUAUUCUGCUGCACAGCUGGAAAGCUCAUAUGGUCACAGCAGAAGAGAAUCACUCAGUCUACGAUUCCAUCAUCAUGACAAAGGCUACGUCAGCGAUUAUCUCAGUCCAUCUCCCUACGACGACGUGGUGGGAAAUGACUCAUCCGUCAUCUCUAAAGAACCGUCCCCCGAGCUUCCGUCGAUCAUCUACAGCCGCAUCGAUGACACCUACUCAGGCGACAUCCACGGCGACUCGGACCAGCCGGACAGCCCGCGCUCCGAGGUUUCGUCCUCAGCAGAGGCGUACAUCAGCGGGGACGCAGCUGUGAGCGAUGGGUACACCGUGGACGCCUUCUUCAUCAUGGACGGACGGUCGCGGAGGAAGUCCUCGGAGAACCCCAAGGGGACCAUCCAGAGGCACACCUGCAGCGAGUGCGGCAAAACCUACGCCACGUCCUCCAACCUGAGCCGGCACAAGCAGACGCACAGGAGCAUAGACAGCAAGAUGGCCAAGAAGUGCCCCACGUGCGGGAAGGUCUACGUCUCCAUGCCCGCCAUGGCCAUGCACCUGCUGACCCACGACCUCAAGCACAAGUGCGACGUGUGCAGCAAAGCGUUCAGCCGGCCGUGGCUGCUGCAGGGCCACAUGCGCUCGCACACGGGCGAGAAGCCGUUCGGAUGCGCGCACUGCGGCAAAGCGUUCGCCGACCGGUCCAACCUGCGGGCUCACAUGCAGACGCACUCGGCCUUCAAGCACUACAAGUGCAAGCGGUGUGACAAGACGUUUGCGCUCAAGAGUUACCUGAACAAGCACUACGAGUCGGCGUGCUUCAAGGGGGCUUUCUCCCCUCUGAGCUCGCUGGGAGAGUGAUGGAUUCAGAGGUUUCUUUUAUUGUUUAAAAAAAAAAAUUCACUGGACUCACUCCCUGCUUUUCCUUUCUCUGGCCAACAAGAAGAACGGUGCAAAGGAGGAGUGUUUUCUCCACGAGGAUAAUGAGGCAGAUGGCAACGAAAAAAAAUACAUUGAGGACAUGUCCAUUUUUAUAUCUGCACCCUCCAAUCCCUCCGUUGUAUUCUCCUUCCUCAUGUGGAAGUAGAGUGAGAAGUUUCUUGAUUCAAUUUGCCACCUGCUUCGAUGAGACACACAGCCUUCUGAGGCUGUUUUGAGUAUCUGUGAAGAUAAAUAAAGCACAGCAUAUCUAACUGAUCAUUUUUGAAGAUACCCAGAUCUAUUUAUGUCCAUAUCUAUCCUUGUCCUUCUUUUGUUUUUUAACUCACGACAAAACAACACUGAAGCACAAUUCCUCUCCCAUCUCUUGUCUUCCUGUGACAUGAAUAUCACAGGAAUUUUCCUAUAAUGUUUUUUUGAAAAAACAAAACAAAACAUUACAUCUGCUAUCGUGCUUUCGGUGAAGCUCAGCUCGGACUGCUCGUAUAAGGAGACGAAGCUUCAGAACACAGAAAGCACACAGUCUUUCUUCUCUUAAAUGAAAGAAAAAAACAUUUUUCAUUUACACUAGUGACAUACUAUGCCUCCUGUAUACUGUGCUGGCUACUGAAACAUCCACAUUGGCCAGCAUAAUUAACCCUUCCAUAACACCUGGUAAGUACACCAUUGAUUUAGUCUUAAAUGGACACAGACAUGCAAGCUAUUACAUUUUCUACGUUACUAUUUGUGUUUUAGUUUACUGCCACCAGUGAAAAGGGAAAGAGGAUUAAAGAGACAAACUGACCUUCCAAGGCUGAAAGGUCCCACAGAGCCACAAGGGAAUUCUUUAAUCUGAUGUUAUUUAUCUUUACUUGUGAACUACGGACGAGGAAACAGACAUUAGAAAUGUCCUGGUUUUCCUCAGAAAGUUUCAAACUUUCUCAAGUUUUGUCAAAUUAUUUUUCUGGUGCCAGUGGGUAUUACGGUAUUCAACUUUGAAGUAUUUAUUUGCGUCUUCAUAUUGCCUCAUUUAUUUAUUUAUUCGUAUGUGUUUGUAGAUGGAUUGAUUUUGCACUUUACUUUGUUAUACUUUACCUUUGUUAAAAAUAUGCCAAAGCAUUUGACACUUUCUAAUUAUCAAAUAACUUUUUACUUUUGUCUGCCACUUUAAUUAUAAAAACUACUGCAUGCAAAAAAUAACAAUAGCCUAUUAAUGGAAUCUAUGCCAAUUUUAUGAAUCUUUGGGAUGUUUUGCCAAACCUUAGAUAAUAGGCAAAUUAAGCAAAUUUCUGUCUUCGGCAAUAUAUUUCAUUCAUAUCCGAUAGAGCAAUAAUGCAUGAUAUUUUUGAAGAGACGUAUCACAACUACUUGUAACAUCUUGAUACUUUCAAGUACCACUAUUCUAUGUAGUUAUGAGAAAUUGAAUUUCAGGGAGUUAGCAAACCAAGUUAGUGUUAAAUAUGGAGGGUUGGGUUGAGAGCUCUGUAUUAAGAGGGAUUGUAGCACUGUUGUGAUUCUUUGAGGCUUUCUCCAUUUCUGUGAUUGUUAAGUGUUUGAAUGGAUCAAAUUAACAAAAGCAGAGAGUAGGUUUUCUAAUUUCUGCUGAUUUAGUAUGAACUAUUAAAAUGAUUGCCUCCUAGUUAUAAUUCUACUCUUGGCAUCAUUAGCCUGUGGACAAACAUGUUUGUUGUAUUCUGAGCUGUUAGGGCUUCCAGGGAUUCACACAGAUGGCACAACUUCUUUAGGUAGAGGGCUCUGGGUUGAGUCGGGACGGGUCUUUUUGUACAUGGUUUAUGCACUGCCUGCCUCGUAUUAUUAUACUAAAAUAUUGUAGAAAGUAGAGGGUACUUCUGUAGGCCUCUGGUGCUGAAACGUGGGUGUUAAACACAAACCUAAAAGAAAAAGCAUUGAUAGUGUUGGUCCUUAGUGUGUUCAUGGCUUGAAUUAUUGAAAAGGUUGAAACACAACUUUACACAACAGCUGUGGCGCUGGAUCUGGGGGCACUUUAACCCUUAGUAGUCCUGAGCUGGUCCCUGCUGGUCCCCUGAGGUUUUAAUCAGUGAUAAAGAAGCCAUCUCCUUCUUUGACUCGCUGUUCUCUCCGAAUCGGCUCUGCACGCGAUAUUCAUUCACAGACUCCAUGUGAGGACUCAGGAGCUACCAGCACUUAUCCAGCUGCAGUUUCAGUUUGUUUACUUGGCAUCAUCUCUAGAUGUUGUGAGCUUGUUGUGGCAAUUCCCAAUGCAAUUAUAAGGAGAGAAAGGAGAGUCCAGUCAUUGGUCAAUAUUUCAGCACCAGAGUGCAUCAAACAAACACUUAGAUUCUACUAUGAACUACUGUAGCCUACUAUAGCCACGAGCUAGUUUACCUAUUCUUAUAUAAAGCACUUCCUGUUACGGAUUAUAUCUUACAACCUUUUUUUUUGUUUAAAAAUAGUAGCACAAUGAAAGAGUUUAGAUUCAGGUAGACAAUGCCUUGUACGUAGAGAUAACAACCUCUUUCUCCUUUUUCUACUAUGAUGAAUCAAAGGUAAAAACAACAGCGAAGACGCUGACAUGUCCUUGAAUUACAUAUGCUUUACAAUGACACGCGGUAUAAAUGGACACCUUCAUUACGUGUUAUGUCAAUUUUCAACAUACUUGUGUGAGAGCAUCUUCACCACAGCUUUUUUAAGAAUGAAUGAAAACUGUUUUGCGGCAAGAGGCCUUGUAAAUAAGCACUGAUGUGACUUUGGAGUGUGAUUAUUUCUACAGAUCUGUAUAGACUGACGAUGAACAGGAUAUAGAAGAAGAUGAUGAUGAUGAUGAUGACUAUGGUGAUGAUGGAUUUUUCUGGAGCUUCCUGCUAUGAUUUUUGUUCUUCCUCUGAGGUCUUUUUUGGACCUCCAGUGGCGGUUUGAAACAAUGUAAAGCACAAAGACAACACUGGGCAUUUUGUUUCACUUUGUAAAUAAAAACUAGUUUAAAAGAG